AUGGGGCGUCACCGUUUCAGGAGGCGCCCUCCGACCCCCUCCUCCUCCUCCUCCUCCUCCUCCUCGUCGUCGGAGCUCGACGACAUGCUGCCGGUGGGCGCGGAGGUGGAGGUGCGCAACGAGGACCCGGGCUUCGCCGGCUCCUUCUACGAGGCCACCGUCGCGGCCCACCUCCCCUCCUCCCCCUCCUCCUCCGACCGCGGCGGCAACAAAUGCUACACGGUGGUCUACUCCACGCUGGAGGGCGACGACGGCGAGCCCCUCCAGGAGGCCGCGGCGGCCGCCUCCGUGCGCCCCCGCCCCCCACGCGCCGCGCCGAGGCGGUUCGCGGUGCACGACAUGGUGGAGGCGCUGCACAGCGAGGGGUGGUGGGCCGGCGUCGUCUCCGCCGUCGCCCCGGCGCCUGCGGUGGCCGGAGGGGAUCUGCGGCGCCGGCCGAGGCGGGUGUACCAGGUCGCGUUCCCCACGUCGCGGGAGACGAUCGAGUUCCAGGAGGCGGACCUCCGGCCGCACCGCGAGUUCGUCGCCGGCCGCUGGGUCCCAGCUGCCAAGGCGGACAAUGCAUCUCCUUCUUUCAGCGAGGGAGACCAAGUUGAAGUGAGUCAGUCUGGAACGAACUUUGGCGAAUCCUGGAAUCCAGCUACUGUUCUUAAAGUGAUUGGUGCUACAAAUUUCUUAGUAAAGUACAUGCACAAUGGGAAAGACGGGAAAUCAGCUACCGAGAUUCUGGAUUCUCAGUAUAUCCGGCCAGCACGGUCCAUCGCCCGUAUUGACUCAAAGUACAGAUUUUCUCCUUCUUCUCAUGUUGAGGUCCUUCAUGAAGAUAGCUGGUGGCCUGGUGUUAUUCUGAAGGUCUUAGGUACUGGAAUCGACAAGAAGUAUGUAGUAAUGUUGGACUGUCACAAGACAGAUCUUGAUGAGAUCGAUAUGGAUGCGCUGAGGGUUGAAAUUACGCAGCUCAGGCCACUGUGUGACUGGGACGGUGAAAAAUGGGUACCCUGCUUGAAGAAGGAAUCUGCAAAAAGGCCAAUUUCCGCUGCCUUGGAUAAUGACUCGGAUAAAAUCAGUGACGAACCUGGUUCUCAUCGGGACAAAAAGAAGUUGAAGAAUGCGGAUGUGAUACCAGAACAAAUUUCUCCCCUUUUGUCUGUUGGUAAAGAAAACAUUGAAAUUACUCGUAAGCAAGGAAAUGCAGUAUUGGCACCAAGGUCUGAGUUGUCACCUCCUUCACUGCCACCAAUGUCAUCAUUUGGCCGUCUGAGUUCUUCGUCUUCACCUGCUACAAGUUGUCAUCUUGCACAAUCAUCUUCUCACAUUCAGGCUUCGUUGUUUGGAGCGUUUGGACAAUCAAGGCCUAUUCCACAGGGCCUGCCAUUAGGAACGCGGUCGCUUAUUAGCUCAUUUUUUACCGGUAUUGAAGGGUCAAAAAGAGUAUUAAGCGAUCCGGAUAAGCAGUCCACUGCUGGAACUGGGACUGAACCGUUCAGACAAAUGGAGGGAUGUGUUUCUUUACAAACAGCAGUGCCUGUAGGGGAGAAGCCUGAAACUCCAAUGGAAAGGAUAGAUGCUAAAGCCAUUGAAGAAGGCAGCAAUGUUGUCUCUGUCUCUGAAGACCGUUCACAAUCACACCAAGGUAAUGCAACACAUGAUUCUUGCUGUCCUUUGUCUGCGGAAUAUGUGGCUGUGCAUGAGAGUAUCAUGCGCACGAGUGGCCAGCUUUCAGAAUCCUCGGCAAUCCAGCAUCUUCCAAUUGUGAAGACCUCCCCAUUGUGGGCACAGCUUGAGGCACUGGAGAUAUUCAGGACAACGCCACAGCGGCCAAAUCUCCAUCAGUUUCAGCAGCACGUUCCAGAGCUCCAUGAAGGACUGGCACUAGGUCUGAUGAUCUCUUUUGCUGAUCUGGCAGAAAGCAUAAACAGGCUAGGUGUUCAGGACGACAAUGAGCUCCUCGAGCGGAAGAUGGAGUGCCUGGCUUAUCUCGAGGCAAGUGGUUUCGAUGUCGGGGACCUGAGAUCGCGCGUGGAAGCUUUAAUUCGCAUGAAAAAGCUGGAGGAGGAGAUUGCUCGCGAAGAAGCCGACGACCGAGAACUGGGCACGCAACUUCGCGCCUUGGCUAUGGCUGUCCAUCACCUUGAACUGCAUGCCUAUCUUGUGCGCAAUGUGAUAAGGUCUACCGUCGCACGGAGGAUGAACAAUGCCAUGGAGAUCUCGAGGCUCAAGGCAGAAGCGAACAAUCUAUCCACCGCAAUGCCACGGUGA